AUGUCGAACAAUGCCUGGGCUAGCAACGGCCGCGACAGACAACAUUCAUACAAUCCACCCUCAGAAGGCCCUCCGACACCCUCUUUUAAUUCUCAAGAGGUGCGAGAUUGCUUGAAAAAUGCAAUCAAAAACCUCACCUCCGAAGAAGUCAAAGCAUCAAAGUACCAGCCGGGAGCCGCAAAUAACACGAGAUCUGGGCAAGCUUGGGCUUCCAAUCCCAAGAACAUGAGCAAUGGUAAAGACUUCUACGUCGAGCUUCGCAAACAGGUGACCGCCAUGCAACAGGGUGGCGAACGUGCUGGCGGAUAA